CGGCUUUUUUCUGCUGGACAGGUGAGACAUUUCAAUGAUUCAUUGGGUAAUUAGGUAACAGUAGCGCACUUGUUCGCUUAAUCCAUACAGUUAUGGAGUUUACUUUGCUGAAAUUUCAUUCUCGCUUUGCUAUGGUCAUUAUGGUAAAUUUCAGUUAUUUUAUGCUAGCUAUGAGAGCAAUUCACCUCUACAUCUAAAAAAGCACAUCUGUCGAAAAAAAGCAAAUUAUGAAUUGUAGCUUUAAAAAAGCCAAACAGUACAUCUGUAAAAAACAAAGAAAACCCCAGAAGAACAUUGCAGUUAAUAAAAUGAUGAAAUUCAACCCAACAUAGCUGUGUGAGGACAAUCCCAGAAGAGCAGUUUCAUCAUUAUCCCAGAAUCCCAGAAGAGCAGUUUCAUCAUGGGCGCCACAGAAAGAACAACUUGUCUAUAUCUGACUUAAACCAUUUAAAAAAACUUUGACAGGGUGAAAUUUUUGUAAUAAUUUGAAUGAAAUUUCUGUAACCUUGUUAGUUAUUAUUUAUUUCAAAGGCAGAGUCCAUCCUUUUUUUCAAUCAAUAUGGUCAGCUGAUUCAGGGGUUCGAAGCACUCGAAUCGCCUCAUGCUGACGUCACCUGCUGCUCAAAACAGUGUAAAUGAACGAGAACAAACACUAUAAUGACAACUUUUACAAACCAAAUCAAUAGCAAAUGUUUUUAUGACAGUGUAAUAUUACAUAUAUUCUACAAAUCAAUAAAAAGCAAAUGUAAAUCAUAACAAAAAGUUUGUAUGAUUUGCAUUCUGCAAAUCACUCAUUGCAUUCAUAGCUAUUUAUAUUUUUUUUUUUGCAAGUUUUGAGGUUGUUUUUUUUUGUAAAUCAGAUCAUUUAAGUCCAUUAACUCUCACUCUGACUCUCAACAGUGCGCUGAACUACUGAACUAGAGCUGACUGAGACACAGCCAGAUAUUUACUUUGGAUUCAUUUUUCUUUCUGUUAAUUAUUCUCUUCUUAAACAGGACAAACACACAGAAAAACUCCUGGUGAAGCGACUGAGAUCCACUAUUAUAAUGAUGGCGUUUAUUAAAGUGGAGAGUGAAGACAUAAAGAUUGAGUUUAUUAAAGAGGAGAGCGAAGAUGUGAAGAUUGAAAAAGAAUUUAGAGUGAAACAAGAAGAAACUGAUGAACAAACAGACCUGAUGGCACUGAAAGAGGAGACUGAAGUACUGAAUGAAAUGGAAGAGAAAGAUCAACAUAAAAGUCAUCCUGGUCUUAUAACUGGGGAAAAUACUUCCUCACAAAAAAUAGUUCAGAAGACAGGAACUAGAAGUCACUUCAUUUGCCAACAGUGUGGAAAGAGUUUCAACAGAAAAGGAAACCUUAAAGACCACAUGAGAAUUCACACUGGAGAGAAAUGUUUCACCUGUCAUCAGUGUGAAAUUAGUUUCACUCUGAAAAAAAACCUUAACAGGCACAUGAAAAUUCACACUGAAGAGAAACCUUACACAUGCCCUCAGUGUGGAAAGGGUUUUGAUCAGCGUGUAAACCUUAAAGUCCACAUGAAAGAUCACACUGGAGAGAAACCCUACAUGUGCACUCAGUGUGGAAAGAGUUUCUUUCAAAAAGGACACUUUAAAGAACACCUGAGAAUUCACACUGGAGAAAGCCAUUUCAUCUGCCAACAGUGUGGAAAGAGUUUCACUCAGAAAGGAAGUCUUAACAGGCAUAUGAGAAUUCACAUUGGAGAGAAGCCUUUCACAUGCCUCCAGUGUGGAAAGAGAUUCACUCAACAUGGAAACCUUGAAGUCCACAUGGUAGUUCACACUGGAGAGAAGCUUUACACUUGCCAAAAGUGUGAAAAAAGUUUCAACCGAAAAGGAAACCUUAAUGCUCACAUGAGAAUUCACACUACAGAGAGCCUUUUCACCUGCCAACAGUGUGGAAAAGGUUUCACUCUGAAAGGAAGCCUUAAAAAGCACAUGAGCAUUCACACUAGAGAAGAGCCUUAUACAUGCCCUCAGUGUGGAAAGAGUUUCAAUGAAAAAGGACACUUUAAAGUCCACUUGAGAAUUCACUCUGGAGAGAAACCCUACAUGUGCCUUCAGUGUGGAAAGAGUUGCAAUGAAAAAGGACACUUUGAAGACCACAUGAAAAUUCACACUGUAGAGAAGUCUUUCACCUGCCAACAAUGUGGAAUAAGUUUCAAUCAUAAAGGAAACCUUGACAGGCACAUGAGAAUUCACUCAGGAGAGAAACCGUUUAAAUGUGGUCACUGUGAAGAGACUUUCAGAUAUAAAGUAACCCUCAAGUACCACAUCAGGGUUCAUGUAUGAGAGUGCUGUAUCAGUAUAUAUCAGUGUGGAAUGAGUUUCACAGACAAGAAUCACCUUAGGAAUCAUGUAAUAACACACCAGAGAGUGGCCUUUCAUGUGCCAUCACACUGGAAAGACUUGCAGAAAUAAAGCAAACCUUGAGGUUCACAUAAGCUCCCAAGUGGCAUUUAGAUGAACAUGUAAAAAUGUUCUGCACAUUUCUUUCAAUAACAAAAUAAACCCAAUGAAACAAAAAGUGUUUGUGAAAGCAUCUGAUCAUAGUGAUUACAGGCGGGAAUGUAAUCUUUUGGUACCUCAUGAUAUCUGAUUUUAUUUAUGCAUAGAUUUGAUUGUAGUUUACUGUUUUGUGUUACUUUUCUUAUCUUGAAAAAAAUCUCACUGAAUUAAUGGGAAACCUUGAAAUUUAUUUUUCUUCCCAUUUUAGUUAACCCAGUAUUAUUAAACUAAUGCCAUUUAAAGGAUUAGUCCACUUUUAAAUAAACUUUUCCUGAUA